AUGAUCCAAUUUUCAGAAGCGGAACAUUACGCGUAUCGUCGUAAAACGGAUGAAGGCACCGUAUUUCGAGGCACAGUGGAAUCCCAAAAAUCGGAGGGCGACAAGAUUAGAUAUGAGGUUCGUAUACAAGACACAUGGCGUGUGGAUGGAGCCGCCAGUCGUCUGUUACCAAAGAAAGCGUCUGCCAGUUUGCCAGCCUAUCCGGUUUGGGCGAAAAUUCGAGAGCAUAUUGUGACAAAUAAGGAUGGACGUCAGAUGAGAUGCUUUUGCCCGGAUAUGAACUUGGGACGGUCUUAUCUGUUUCUUACACAAUCAUACCAAGUUCCGAAUGGAAAUCGUAUGGAGUUAAUGCUAGAUGAACAAAGCGUGGUACUGCCUUGGAGAGAGGCCUGGCGUCGUCGACUGACGAAAUUUCUCCGACGAGCAGCUCGAGGUAAAUGUGAUACACUCGAGGACGAUAAGGAUGGCGGAACAACACGCCUUCGUCGGGUGCAACGAUUGCGUAACGCCCCAGGUUAUUUCUCUGCCCAUAUAGACCAGCAAGUUCAUCCUCGAAUGCCAUCGAAUGGUCAAAACGUCUAUCGAAGAGAUUACGGAAUGCCAGUCGUAGUACCACACGUACCGCCAUCUUCGCCGAAGCCACCACCACCGCCGCCAUCACCACCAGCAGCAUCAUCAGCACCGGCUUUAACACGAGUUGCUCAGUCCACAGGGUCGAACGGACGAAUGCGAUCCUCCGCAAUACAGAACGAUCAUGGAUUUGUUUCCAGACCCGGUACAUUGCAGACUCGAACGCAAGGCGAUCAACCGGCCUUCACGUAUUAUCACCCAUAUAUGGGUUAUUAUAAUGCAAAACACUAA